AUGGCAGAAUUGAAACGUUCUGAUUACAUAAUAGCAUCUCCGUUCAGAAGAACCACAUGGUCGGGUCUUCCACUUGCUCCCCUACCAAAGCGAAUUGAAGUGAAACCAUUGUCUAGUGGUAUUACCCCAUCACCUCUUUCUUUGCUGAGAAAAGAGGAUUUGGACCAAGUCAACGAUAAGAAGGAACCACGACCAACAAACAUCAAUGUGAUUGUUGAUGAGAACACAGUCUUUGUUGCUGUGAAAGACAGAAAUGGGAAGUUCUAUGCGUAUGCGAUGAACACGAACGAUAUUGGGACUUCAGUGAUUGAGACUUGUAAGUCGAAUGUAUACAUUAAAGGCGAUUAUGCAUUAACCCUCCCCGAUUUACAGUAUCGAGUCUCCGAUGAAGACAGUCGCAAACCAUUAAAAGAUCUUAAGUUCAUUCAAGGGUGUAAUUUCCAUGGGGUAGUGCCUUAUUUCUUCUUAGUUGAAAGAAAGGCGGUGUUACAAUACCAAUCCGUCGAGUUGGUUGGUGACUAUCUCUUACAAUCAACAAUGAAGUACGACAUCAUUCAAAACAACUUUGUCGAAUUGUGCCGGAAGUUUGGCGAGGAGUUCUACAAAUUUAGAAGAUCACUUGCGGGGGUCUGUGGGAAGGAAGAAGAGGCGUUAAGUAAGUUUGAUAAGUACUUACUUGAAGAGAAUGAGUAUGUGUACUGCGGGAAUGAGCCGCCAAUUCAAGACUUAAACAAGAGACUGAUGAUGAAAGGGUUCUUACUUGAACAGUCAAUGGACAAAACAAUAUCUCACAUGCCCACAGACACGGUGGAGAAUGUCAUUUCGUCACUUUUCACCAAAUUUACUAUCACCAAUAAAGGCGCGUUUGCCGCUUCAGAAAAAGCGGAGGACUUUGUGUUGAAAGUCCGAGGGUUACACGAAUUUUUGGUACCAAAGAAGAGAGAUGGGACGUUGUAUACUCUUGCUGAGUUUGAUUAUAUCAGAAGAUGCGUCUUGAAGGGAGAAAAGAUCGAGUUGUACUUGAAACCAAGGAAGAUGUUACACCAAUUCUUGGGACCAUUGAACCCCAAUGACGCCAAGUUUGAUGGUGUGUAUAACACUCUAUUGUCACACAAUUUGUGGGAGAAAGUUGAAACGGAGCGAACGUCACAACCGCAGAGCUCUAUUGAUAGAAACUACUUUAUCACACUCAAGAAGUUGACGAACUGCGUGUACUACAAACCACUUCCACAGAAGAAGACAAAAGAAAAUAAAGAUGAACCGCCUGUUCAAGAGUAUCAGAACAUCGUGAGUUUCAGAGCAUAUGUCACAGCCGCUCUCUUCCAUGGUCCGAGGCAAUUGGGCAAACAGUUCACUACACAAGUCUUCCAAGUGAACAAUGGAACUGUGAAUUUGGACAUUGCCAUUGAAUUUGACUUGAAGAUCUCCGUUCUUCCUAAAGAGACGAAAUUGGUGAUUGGAGUCUUCCAGACGGAAGAACAGAUCGGCACUGUUGUUGAACAUGAGAAGAAGGAGAAGUCUCGAGAUAACCCUAUUGGGACUAUUAACUGUAAGGUCGUUGAUCACAACUCAAUGUUGUUAAUGGGAAGUGUCCAGUGCGGGUUGUGGGAAAUGGCGAGUCCAAACUUCAUUUCGAUGUGUUCCGAGAACGUCGGGGAUAAGGCGAUUUACUUGACAUUCACAUAUCCGACGUAUGAAGUUCCAAUUAUUAUGGACGCGUUCAAUGAUGACUCUGUGAAGUCCGACAAAGAUAUUGAAAAGCUAACCGCAGACCAAACGAAGAAGUUUAAAAUUGCGUUGGAGUCGAAUCCGUUGCAGAAGUUGACUGAAGACGAGACGGAAUUGAUUUGGAAGUUGCGUUACACUGUCAAGAAGACAAAACCAAAGAACUUGUCGCGAGUUGUAGCUGCAGUUGAUUUAACUAAUGUGCAUAUGGUGGCCGAGUUACAUAGAUUAAUAGCAGACUGGCCUUUAUUGGAUCCUCAAACGGCAAUUGAAAUGCUCGACUUCAAAUUUCCGGAUCAAAAGGUGCGAGACUUUGCGUUGAAAUGCUUGGAACCAAUGGACGACGCUGAAUUGAUUAUGUUCCUUCCGCAAUUAGUCCAAGCAUUGAAAUUUGAGUUGCACCACUCGAGUGAAUUGGCGUUCUUCUUGUUAAGAAGAGCACUGAGAAAUAAGAACAGAAUUGGACAUCAGUUCUUUUGGUUCUUGAAAGCCGAGUUGCAUGAUAAUAGAGUCACUGAGAGAUAUGGACUCUUGCUUGAAGCAUUUGUUGGGUGUUGUGGAAAGUAUCAACUUGAGUUACUGAAUGAGGUCAACUUCCAAAUUGCAUUAAUUGAUAUUGCCAACCAUGUGAAAUUACUUGCUACGAAAGACGAGCAAAAGCAGUAUUUGUACGAACAAUUGGCGAAAGUCAAAUUACCGGAGAACCAGGCACUUCCAAUUGACUCAAGAAUGCGAUUCACAAAGCCAGUUCCCAAUUCGGGGAAUGUUUUCAGCUCGAAGAAGAAACCCUUGUUGUUGAUAUUACAAAACUUAGACCCCGCCGGAGAAGACUUGUGCGUCAUUCAGAAGGUCGGAGAUGACUUGAGACAAGAUAUCUUAACCCUUCAGAUUCUUCGGAUCAUGUACAGUAUGCUCAAGAAUGCCGAACUUGAUGUUAGAAUGUUACCAUAUCAAUGUAUUGCUACGGGCAAUGAAACGGGAAUGUUGGAGCUUGUGAAGAACUCGGAGACGUAUGGGAAGAUUAUUGCGGACGAUGGAAGACGUCUUGCAGUGACGAAAAGUGAUGUACUCACCCUUUGGAUGCAAAAACAAUGUUCCCGCCCGGAGUCGAAAGUAUCAUUUGAACAGGCUGUCGACAACUUUGUGCAUUCAUGUGCAGGGUAUUGUGUUGCAACAUAUUUACUUGGUAUUGGUGAUAGACACUCUGAUAAUGUGAUGUUGACAAGAGAAGGUGUCUUCUUCCAUAUUGAUUUUGGACACUUCCUUGGGAACUUCAAGUCGAAGUUUGGUGUCAAGAGAGAAAGAACGCCAUUCAAAUUCACAACACACUUUGCCGAUUUGAUGGGAUUCAAAGAUGGAGUCGAGUCGGAACACUUCAAAGAGUUCAAAGAAUUGUGCUCAUCUGCGUUAUUGUCAUUAAGAAAGCAAGGCUCUCUGUUCAUUUACUUGUUUAGAUUGAUGCUUGCGACGGGUAUUCCAGAGUUGAGAAGUGAAGAUGAUAUCGAAUAUAUGAAGAACGCUUUCAUGUUCGAGGCAGAUGAUCAACAAGUCAAGAGCAAUUUUGAUGCGAAGAUCUAUGAAUGUCUCGACGCUUGGUCACAAACGUUGAACGAUUUGAUCCAUGAUAUCGUCCACUACAAGUAA